GAGCUGGCAGGAAAGCGGUUGCGGUUACAUUUCUUAACGCAUCGCAAUGAGCGAUUCGGAUGUCUACGUUGUUGAUCAAUCGGAGUAUUUGGCGCCGUUUAUGGUAUUUUUCGCCAUUGGUUUCCUUUAUGGUAUCUUGCUUGCUUACAUGCACACAAGAGUUGUCUCAUCAAUGGUUAAAGAACGAAUAUCACAUCUUCCAAGAGCGAAGAAGGUGAAGAAGAAGAAAAAGAAGAAGAAGAGGAGAAAGUAGUUUUGGGUGUUUAAAGUGAAUAAAUCUGUUAAUAUAG